AUGCUGAACCUCGGGUAUUCAAUUUUUCCCAACGGUUCAGCACGAUACGAAAUUCACCCACCACCUCCACAACUUUGGGUAUGUCGUGACACAUACUUUAUAGCUUCAGUUGAUGACGGCUUAAGAUAUGUAUCAUCAGGCUCUCCACCAGGUUCUCAGGAUAAUUAA